AUGAGGGCAAUUUGGAUUCUAGUUCUUUGUUGCUUGGCAGUAUUAAUGGCCCAUGCGAAAAAGGUGAGAGUUGCUGUCGUGUUUAUGAAAGGUUCACUGUGUUUCGAAUGGACUUGAUUUUUGAUUAGUGUUUUCUGAUUUUCUACGAACAAACUUCGAUUUUUUACCGCGAUCUUAAAUUAGGUUUUUUCUUUAAAUUAGGUGAACAGGGAUUUAUCUCCCAAACGAAUGAAUGAUACUUUUGUUGUUCAUGUCUUCAGCGCGCGUGAUUGCGUAAAAGACAAAUAUUUUUACACGGUGUUGAGAUUGUGAAGUUUAGUGUGAUCGUUUUCUUUACGACUUUGGGUUAGUCUAAAUAAAGUAAAAUUUCUCAUAAGCGUUCGUUCUCCAAUUUUUCGUCUGUACUUUCAGCACAAUUCGACUGCAUGUCCGGUCGGUUUCGAGGAAGCCUGCAAGCCUUAAAUGCCCCACGGAUUCCUCGCAUUUUGUUUUUAAGCUUAAUUUUCAUUUAUAAUGUCUGGCAACCCAUAACUUUCACAUCAUUGUAUGUAAGCUUACAUACCGGUACUUCUUAUGUAUUAUACUGUCCGUUUAUUGUUUCAGUCACCAAAGUACUGUCUGUUUUGAAGUCGCCCUUUUGCUCUGUAGCGCAACCAUUUGCACACAAAGCGCAGUUUAUUUUUAAAACCCCUAGCUCUGUCUCCCGCCCGUUGCAAGGCAAAAUUGUGGAGGUUUACUAAUCUGGAGGUGACCAGUGUUUAGGCAGUUGUUGCUUUCUUGUAAUUUGCUGACUUGCUCUUUUGGUAUGGGGUAUGGCAGGAGAAGUUUGAACAAUAUACCACUGACUUUUUUCUUUUUCAUUUACACUCUUUGGGUCAUCAUAAUUUCAAAAACACCGUGAUGCUCACACAUACAUACAUAACCUUUAUUAAAGUGUCUUGUCGUUCUAGUGCCUAUUGGCACUAAUUGGGGACACCUUUAAAACUAAAUUACAUCAUUAAUAGAAACUAAUUAAGUACUGUAAAGGCCGGAAAUUGACACUAUUCAAGCUAAGUGCUCUUUUACACUCUAAAAACUAAGUUCUAGAUUUAACACUUCGAAGCUAAGUUCGAAAAUUUACAAUAUAAAAACUAAAUGCGUAUAUUAGCUCGGACACUAAAAUGAAUAAGUAAAUAUGCGUACGUCCUCUUAAUCUAAGCAUAAGCGGCAUUCACUCCCACAUCCCUCAAGAAAUGAUGUUACAUCCUUCUUACGUAUCAUUGUCCUAAAAGUUGCCAAAGUUGCAAUAUUUCUCUCGUCCUUGCUUAGUUUAGACCAUAAUUGUGGUCCGAGAAAUCUGAGAGAAUGUUUUCCAUAAGUAACAGUUUUAAACCGAGGUAAGACAAAAUCUGCAUUUCUUAGGUUAUAUCUCUUACUAUUAAUAUUCUCCUCGUUGAUAUUAAAAAUAUCCGCAAUUUGGUUCACUGUAAAUUUGUUUUUUACUUUAAACAUCAAAAUGAGUAUAUCCUGCAACCUCCUAUUUUGUAAAGUAGUCAACUUAGCUCUUUUCAGCAAGGUGUCAUAACUUUCGGUAGUAGUAUUAUACACUAAUCCUAAGGCUCUUUCUUGUAGACGCUCCAAUUUACGACUAUCAGAUGCCGUGCAAAAAUGCCACACUAGGUGGCAAUAAGUAAGGUGUGGCAUAAUAGCUGAUUUGUACAAAAGUAACUUGGCAUUUACUGGCAUAAGAUUUUUAAGCCUUCUUAAUAUUCCGAUCAUCCCGCCAACUUUCUUACACACACUACAUUAUAUGAUCUCUAAAGUUUAGGUUUUCAUCUAGGUUUACACCUAGGAUCUUGAUGGAUUGUGACUGUUCGGCUUUUUUCGCCACAUAUAUCCAGAUCAACGUUCCUUUCUCCUUUUGGAUUUCCCAAAACCAUGGCUUGAUAUUUAUCGCAAUUGACUUUUAAAAGAUUAUCUUGAUACCAUUUAGUCAUCCUCUCUCCAUUGUCCACCAGUAUCUUCUCCACGCUUUUGGUUGUUUCGUUUGCUACAAAGACCUGAUGGUCAUCCGCAUACAUCGAGACAUUGGCAUCUGAUAUUAUGCUAGGCAUGUCGUUCUGGAAAAUAUUCCACGUGAGUGGUCCAAACGUACUUCCCUGUGGACAUCCUCUCUUCACCACAACCCAGUCACUUGUUACAGAACCUAUCCUUACUCUGUUCUUUCUUCCCUGAAAAUAUGAUCGUAUGAGCUGUAUGGCUUUAUCGGAGAAAUUGUAGGCUUGCAGUUUAUUUAUGAGCAACUGAGGGCUCAGAGAGUCAAAAGCCUUGCUCAUAUCCGAAGACAAUAUGCCGACAAUUUUCUUGCUGUCUAGUUCAGCUCUCCAUGUCUCGGUCAGCCUAAUCAGCGUGGUCUCACAGCUAUUCUUUGCACGAUAGGCAGUGAUAGCAUCACUGAGUCUAUCAUCCAUAAACUUACUGACUUGUUGGCCCAGCAAUACUUCAUAGACUUUAUUCACGCAUGGCAGCACCGUGAUAGGUAAGCUCUGUAGGCUAUGAUGUUGUGUCUAGGCCCUCUAGAUAAAAUUGGUCCCCUGCAGUGACAGAUCCAUAUUUUGAGGUAAGGAUGGGUGGGGGGAUGGGGAAGUUUGGCUCCCCUGCAAGAAUGAACAUUAUCAUGGUGUUUUUGAACUUAAAACAAUGGAGGAAGAGCUGGACGCUUGUCACUGAGAUCUGCCUCUGGUGUCAUUAUUGUUUUCUUUUCUUCAAAACCAGGGAAAGCACAAUGGGCUGAAGUGGAGGCAUUGGCACCAUUCUAAGAAAAAUCUAACAAAGCAGCCAAAAGAAAAUAGUAAGUUGGUUUAUAGUGUAUUUUAAGGAUGGAUGAUGGUCAGAAUACCUCUUCUGAAAAGGCACUAUAGUCAGUGGAAAAAACCGCACCCCCAUUAACCCUGAGAAUUGUGGGGCGUUAGACCGGUGCUGCCUUCUAAAAUGAACCAAAUUCCCUAUUAUGCAGAGCAAUUUUGCAUAUCAAAAUGUCACUUUUGUUCCUCGCUGAUGGUCCCUGCUCACUGAUACUUGCAUCUGUUACUGUCUAAAUCCUUGCAUACUGUGUUAAAAGCAAUAGUCUAAAAAUGCUGAAAUCUCUUGCUAGUGCCCCACAUUUCCCAGGUGUGGGGGUGCGGGGCUUUCCACUGACUAGUGCAUUAUACAGUUCAAUCUCUUUGUGGCGGCAACUUCAUCAUUCAAACUAUAUUUUUGGUUUAAACACCAUUUGCCUGUUUACUAGUCCUAAACAAUAUACUAACAGAGAAUUGAGAUAUGAGACCUUACGAGUGCGAAUAAAUUGAAUCCACCGGCAGCAACCGAUGGGGUGUUUUAAAAGCCAUAUGCUACAUUACUAGACUUGACUUUAAUAAGAAAUGCUAGCCAUUCUUUACAGUUCAUGGACAGCUUGCAUGACAUGCUGGUUCUGAACUUGGUAAAAGCUUAAGUAAUGGUUCAAUCUCCUUUAAUGAAACAGAAAACUGCACAGAGCUCCCAGGACGUCUGUUGGAUUGGUUUCACGUUCUUCGAACGUCGCAUGUAAAAGAAGAAAUGUUUGCCAAAGGUUUACCACUGCCCAAACUUGGAGAGGUGAUUCCACAAAUGAAGCCAAAAGAAGCAAAGAUGCCUUUCCCAUCAGGUGUGAGAUUGAGACAUUUAAUUUUCUGCUCAUAUCUAAUGGUAAUACCCUUCGCCGUGUCCUGUUUGCUUUAUCAUUUUAAUUUGUAGAUCUAUUUCCUUGAAAAAGUGAAAUUAACAUGUUAUCUUCAUACGUGAAAAGAUAUUUCUUGCCAUGGCUAUUUAAUAAAUCGUACCUUUCACAGCAAAAAAAUGUAAAAGUGAAAUGGUUUGGUAUUUCUUAAAAUAAUUAUUAGAAUAUUACAUUACAAAAUUUCUCUUCUUUUGUUGAAAAAACAUUUCACUUGUUUGCUGUGCUCACUCAUGAUAUAUGUUUCAACACUUGAAGUCUGAUAAGUUUGAAAUCUUUAUGCUCUGGAAGGCCAUUUCUAGUGUUCUGAGAAGACAAUUUAUGUCUAAAAUGUUUGCUAUAAUCAAUUGCUAUUUUUAUGCUUAUUAUUAUUUUCAUGGCUUGUUGUUCAAGUACUUGAUUUUUUUUAUAUUUUGUGCGGGUUUUUUAAAUUUUCUGGAUAAUCAUUUUCAGCAAGUGUACUCUGGUACUCUGUUUGGUGUAUAAGUAUCAUAAGAAUUCAUUUGAAAAUGUCAGAUGUCAAAAUUGGGAUUUUUCCUAUCCUGAUUGCAUAUUGAUCGUGAUUCAAGAUUUUCAAGCAAAAUUGGGAGAAUCCUGGCAAGAUUGGGAUGGGAGCAUAGUCUGAACUUGUUACAACUGAAUUUUGUUGUUUCAGGCUUGAAAAAACAAGGCUGUCGAGAACCAAUCCGGACAGUGUUCAGGCAGUUGUUUGAUCAUAAUGCUGAUGGUUUAGUGGAUGAAACCGAACUGGCUGACCUGUAUGAAGCUGAGCCCUGCAUGAAACAGUUUUUCAAGACAUGUUCCAAAGGAAAGGAAACAUUCACAGAGCCUGAAUUCUGCAGCUGUUUUAAAUCAGUUGGUAGGAGUCAAGUCCACAUUGUUUUCCUUCAGUAAAUCUUAUUUCUUCUGAAACCUAGCACAGUUAUGCUUAAUUAUGCAGUUGAACCUCCUGUAAGUCACCAGCCAAAAUGUAAAGAGUAAGCGGUCGCUUACAGGAGAUGGUUACUUAUGAGAAAAUUCUGCUGUUUUGGAUAAGUGGUUGCUUAUGGGAGAUGUUCAGUUAAGAGAGAUGGUCGUACAUGGAGGUUCGACUGUCAUAAUAGUCUUCCCUGUAAUAUAACAUUGCAGUUUCUCUUAGAGUUCAGAAAGGAGAUAAAUACCUAAGCUUUCAACAGCUGAUUCAUUUGUUAUUUACCCUUAGGUGUGGAACUAGCAAUUAUUAACUCUGACUUUGAGGUAGAGUGAGAGAACAGCCAGCAUCAUCACUGAUCUCCCUGCAAAAUGAAGUCUAAGAAACAAGUGCAGAAAUUCCAGACAGAUGAUGUGUCACUACCCAGAUCUGGGUAGUGCUUCUGAUUUAAGUUGUGCCAAUUGUGGGAAAUUUGCUUCAACCAUUCAGAAGCACUACCCAGAUCUAUCUCGGUAGUGACGUAUGCCAUCAGUUUGGAAUUUCUGCGUUAGUGUUUCAGACUUCUGAGGCUAACUUGGAGGUAGCCUGUUCCGCAGACAAAACUAAACUCUGGUUAAGUCCCUAUGUGAAACAGUGUCAAAAUGCUCGUUAUAGGCCCCCACCUGCGUACAAUGAUUUGAGUUAUCGCCAUGAUUUGCCUGUUAAAAAUGCCAUUGUCAAUUUGCUAAUCAAGAUGAAAGGAAAUCUGAGACGCUCUUCCCUUCGGCUAGACCUGGUCAACCACCUAAUUCUCAUAUUCGCCUGUAAAUUACUUGUUGUUAUCUUUCAGAGCCCCCUUGCUUCCACAAGCUGCGUAAUAAUUUGCCAUAUCUUCUUGUGAGGGGAGAACCACAGCCAAUCGCCGGGGCUUAUACUCCAUCUUGUGAUCAGGAUGGCUAUUACCUGCCGCGUCAGUGCAGAACAGUGGAUAAAGAUGGCAACAAAGAGUGUUGGUGUGUGGACAGGCAUGGAUCUAAAAUUGAAGGAGCAACUGAAUGUGGUGAGCAAAGUACUGGUUUUCCUGAAUUAAAACUCCUAAUGUUUGAAAAUGAUGAAUUGUGGCCAACUUGGUCUUGCAUGUACUACAGUAGUUUACCACAACUGCUCAUGUUUUUUUGAUGAACUGGAAUUAUUUUGUACUAGGACAAAUUGAUUACUGGGAUUCAGGCUAUCCCGUUUCCAACACUUUGUAAUCUCUUUUUCUUCUUUCCAAUAAAAAUUUUUAGCGUUAUUUUUCUCUGUUGCUGUUCCUUAAAGUUUACAUAUUUGGUUCUUAGCUUGAUGUCAAUGUCACUGGGCAAUGUAUUGUCAAAAGCUGGGCGAUUUUACUAGUCUCAUGGAGUGGUCAUCAUUUGGUGAUGGCUUGUUGCAGUAUACUUAACAAUUCGUUCAUGCGUCGGCGUGAUUGUCAAGAUAUGAAGCACGCGGGAAGUUUGGAGAACACGAAAGAGGGGUAAGGGUUGCCUUGAGAGCAACUCUAGCCUCUAGAGUGCUCUCCAAACUUCCCACGUCCUUCAUAUCUCAACAUAUGCGCGUUGAUGCAUGAACCAAUUGUUAAUUAGUUGUUAAUUAAAAGCCAAUAUAUUGUCACGUUUUUUUUUCUGCAGUGGAUAAUACAGACCCUCCAGCCAGAGAGGAGGAACAAGAAGAAGAGCCCUGAGCUUUGAAAUGGCAAGAAUUAAUUACAGAGAAGAAUUGAUUAACUCUUUUUUUCUCGUUUUACCUUAAAUCAUCCAAACAUAUAAUAGAUAAGUGAAGAAA